AGAAUGGAUCUCUCUCUAUUUCUCUGUGUGACGGUAAAGAGGCGUGAACUAAUCGAUCUGUCGUCAUAUAGGAGGUAGAGGGGUUUGUCAGAAGAACUGUAGUUCAGAGAUAGUCGGCAGGACAGAAUGGAGCACAUCUUCCUCUGUGUGUUACUCUUGCUGAAUACACACAUCAACUCUGGACACUCUGAAGAUGAUGAUGCUCUGCCCAAAGCUACACUGACUGUAGAACCAAACCCUGUGUUCCCUGGAGAGACAGUUACUCUGACGUGUUCAGUAGGGUCUGACAGUAUCUGGAACUAUCAGUGGUACAAAGACAGGAAUGAUAAUGUAGUAUCCCAGUCUGUCAGACACAUUAUAACAGGAGACACUCUCACCAUCAAUGGAUCAACAGUGAAUGAGGGUCCCUACUGGUGUCAGGGAGAGAGAGAGUCCAGACCCACUUCUUCAUCCAUCAGUGACCCUGUCACUAUCACUGUCAAUGCUCUGCCCAGAGCCUCAGUGAGUGUCUCUCCACAGGGUCUCCUCUACUCUGGAGAGACAGUCAGUCUGCAGUGUGACAUACCAGGCUACACAGACUGGACGUACUACUGGUUCAGAGACAACCAACACCUUCCCAGUCAGACCAGUAAAGGUAUCAUAUUCACCAUCCCCAUCACUCUGACUGGUCAGACUGGUCAGACUGGUCAGUAUAGAUGUGAGGGGCUGAGGACAGAUCGGCCCCAGAGGUCACUACCCAGUGAUGACGUCACCAUCAGUGUCACUGCUCUGCCCAAAGCUACACUAACUGUAGAACCAAACCCUGUGUUCCCUGGAGAGACAGUUACUUUUAUGUGUUCAGUAGGGUCUUACAGUAGCUGGAGCUAUAAGUGGUACAAAGACAGGAAUGAUAAUGUAGUGUCCCAGUCUGGUUACAGUAACAUUAGAGUCUCUCACAUCAGUAAAGCUGCUGAGUCUGACCAGGGUCAGUACUGGUGUGAAGGGAACAGAGUGUCUAGACCCACAUCUUCACAACCAAGUGAUCCUGUCACUCUCACUGUAAAAGCUCUGCCCACGGCCUCAGUGAAGAUCGUCACUCCACAGGGUCUCCUCUACCCUGGAGAGACAGUCACUCUGCAGUGUGACAUAUCAGACUACACAGACUGGACGUACCGCUGGUUCAGAUACAGUGAAGAGCUUCCCAUUCAGACCAGAAAAACCAUCAUCUCUCUCUCUGACCAGGCUGGUCAGUACCAGUGUGUUGGGACGAGGAGAGGUCGGCCCCAGAAGUCAGAUCACAGCUCAGCUCUCCCCAUCAUCAUCACUGCUCUUCCCAAAACUACUCUGACUGUAAAGCCAAACCCUGCAUACACUGGAGAGACAGUCACUCUGACGUGUUCAGUAGGGUCUUACAGUAGCUGGAGCUAUAAGUGGUACAAAGACAGGAAUGAUAAUGUAGUAUCCCAGUCUGGUUACAGUAACAUUGGAGUCUCUCACACGAUCAGUAGAGCUGCUGAGUCUGACCAGGGUCAGUACAGGUGUGAAGGGAACAGAGUGUCUAGACCCACAUCUUCACAACCAAGUGAUCCUGUCACUCUCACUGUAAAAGCUCUGCCCACGGCCUCAGUGAAGAUCGUCACUCCACAGGGUCUCCUCUACCCUGGAGAGACAGUCACUCUGCAGUGUGACAUAUCAGACUACACAGACUGGACGUACCGCUGGUUCAGAUACAGUGAAGAGCUUCCCAUUCAGACCAGAAAAACCAUCAUCUCUCUCUCUGACCAGGCUGGUCAGUACCAGUGUGUUGGGACGAGGAGAGGUCGGCCCCAGAAGUCAGAUCACAGCUCAGCUCUCCCCAUCAUCAUCACUGCUCUUCCCAAAACUACUCUGACUGUAAAGCCAAACCCUGCAUACACUGGAGAGACAGUCACUCUGACGUGUUCAGUAGGGUCUUACAGUAGCUGGAGCUAUAAGUGGUACAAAGACAGGAAUGAUAAUGUAGUGUCCCAGUCUGGUUACAGUAACAUUAGAGUCUCUCACAUCAGUAAAGCUGCUGAGUCUGACCAGGGUCAGUACUGGUGUGAAGGGAACAGAGUGUCUAGACCCACAUCUUCACAACCAAGUGAUCCUGUCACUCUCACUGUAAAAGCUCUGCCCACGGCCUUAGUGAAGAUCGUCACUCCACAGGGUCUCCUCUACCCUGGAGAGACAGUCACUCUGCAGUGUGACAUAUCAGACUACACAGGCUGGACGUACCGCUGGUUCAGAUACAACGAAGAGCUUCCCAUUCAGACCAGAAAAAACAUCAUCUCUCUCUCUGACCAGGCUGGUCAGUACCAGUGUGUUGGGACGAGGAGAGGUCGGCCCCAGAAGUCAGAUCACAGCUCAGCUCUCCCCAUCAUCAUCACUGCUCUUCCCAAUACUACUCUGACUGUAAAGCCAAACUCUGCAUACACUAGAGAGACAGUUACUCUGACGUGUUCAGUAGGGUCUGACAGUAUCUGGAGCUAUAAGUGGUACAAAGACAGCAAUGAUAAUGUAGUAUCCCAGUCUGGUUACAGUAACAUUAGAGUCUCUCACACCAUCAGUAGAGCUGCUGAGUCUGACCAGGGUCAGUACUGGUGUGAAGGGAGCAGAGUGUCUAGACCCACAUCUUCACAACCUAGUAAUGCUAUUACUCUCACUGUAAAAGAUUAUCAGCCAAAGACCACACUGACUUCAGACAAAGAGGACAUAUUCACAGGAGACAGUGUGACACUGAGCUGUACUGUAGCGUCUCCUGGAUGGAAGUUUUACUGGUACAGACACAGACCAGACUCUACACCAGUAACCACAACCUCUGGAUACUCCUACACAGUCAGCUGGGUCAGUGUCUCUGAUGGAGGACAGUACUGGUGCAGAGCUGGGAGAGGAGACCCAGUCUACUACACCCUGUACAGUGACCCAGUCCAGAUAAUCAUUACUGAGAGACCUGUUGCUGUUCUGAUCCUCCAACCCAACUGGACCCAGAUAUUCAGAGGAGAGACUGUUACUAUGAGAUGUGACAUACAGGGAGGAGGAGACACUGACUGGGACUACAGAUGGUAUAACAAUAGUCAGUUAUUCAGCCCCUUUAACACAAAGCCUGAGUACAGAAUCAGUCCUGUCUACAGGUCUAACAGUGAUUCAUAUACCUGUGAGGGUGUAAAGGGAAACAAGUUCUCCAAGACCAGUGAAGCUGUAAAACUGACCGUGUCUGAUCAACCCCAACCUGUCCUGAGUAUCUCUCCUCAGUGGCUGAACCCUGGGGCCUCGGUGAUGCUGAGCUGUGGGGUUAAAGAGUUGUCUACAGACUGGAGGUUCUCCUGGUACAGGACUGUUCCCUACAGAGCUGGGUUACCCUCCCUAUCAGACAAGUCUUACUCUCUACAGCCCCUAUCUGACAAUGUGACUAGAGAAGACUCCUACACUCUGAUCCCUGCUGGUGCUACUCCCACAGGAGGAUAUGUGUGUAGAGCUGGGAGAGGAGACCCAGUCUAUCAUACACUCUACAGUCAACCUCAGUUUCUCUGGUCAGGAGAUCUGCACCCUUCAGUGUCUCUUACAGUAAAUCCCAACACAACUCAACACUUUACAUCAAAGUCUCUCUCACUGAUCUGUGAGCUGAAGGGGAACUCUACUGGAUGGAGACUGAAGAGAUACACAGAGACAGCAUGGCCGUCACAGUGUCCAUCUACCUGGAGAUCAAUAACAGAAUCCACCUGCACCAUCACAUCAUUGGAAACAUGGUCCAGUGGAGUGUUCUGGUGUGAGUCUGGAUCAGGAGAGUACAGUAAUGCUGUCAACAUCACAGUAAAUGAUGGUGAUGUGAUCCUGGAGAGUCCUGUCCAUCCUGUGACUGAAGGAGACUCUGUGACUCUGACCUGUACAUUUAGAUAUCAGGAAACAAAUCCUAAACUCAAGACUGAUUUCUACAAAGAUGGAGUUCUCAUCAAGAAUGAGACCACAGGAGAGAUGACCAUCCCUACAGUAUCCAAGUCAGAUGAAGGAUUAUAUAAGUGUAAAUCUGGUGAAGGAGAAUCACCAGAGAGCUGGGUGACAGUGAGAGUCGUAUCUCCUGGAUCCUCUACAUCAGUCCUAGUAGGAGUGGUUGUGGGUCUGGUUGUUGCUGGUGUUCUACUGGUCAUUCUCCUGGUCCUGCUGUGGAGAUAUCAAAACAGAAAAGGUUCCUGUUUCAACAGAAUAUUCUGGCCCCCUCAGCCCCAGACCACCAACCAGGACCCCCAACAGGACCAAGGAUCUGGGUAUACACAUCAGCAGCAUGGUGACACUAACAUCUACGAUACGAUCAAUCCCUCAGACAACAAUGAUAAUGAUGCUUCUGCUGCUGGACCAAGUCAUGUGACUUAUGCCCAGAUUCAACUCAAAAAGUUGGACAAGAAAAAGAAAGAAAAGAGAAAUGAUCCUCAAGAAAAUCCAGUCUACUCUGAGGUGAAGACAGGGAAAGCCACAGCAGCAGCUGGACCUGUUGAUGUGACCUAUGCUGAGGUUGACCUCCAAAAGAAGGUCAAAGCCAAGAAGAAGAGAGAAACAGCAACCCCACCUGAGACAGAAUCAGUCUAUUCUCUAGUGAAGCCAUACACAUCCCCCGCAGCAGCUGGACUUGUUGAUGUGACCUAUGCUGAGGUUGACCUUCAAAAGAAGGUCAAAGCCAAGAAGAAGAGAGCGAUAAGGCAGGAGGGGGCUGUUAAGCACAAUGCAACGCGGAGUGCCUCGAUGCAGCCGUUAGCCGUGGUAUAUUGGCCAUAUACCACAAACCCCCGAGAAAGAGCAACCCCACCAGAGGCAGAUUCAGUUUAUUCUCGAUUGAAGCCACAUUCAUGCCCCGGUCCUUGAGGGAGAUGGAGGGACACACCAUCAGAGGAGGAGCAGGAGAAACCUGGAAAUAUGGAUUAUGCACACACACACACACACACACGCAAACACACACGCUGCGCACCCACACACCCACGCAAGCGCACUUACAAAUACACAAGGAUUUAUAUGUAUAUAUAACAACAUAAAUAUUUGAUUUAAUAUUGUUUUAACUGUGUAUUACUGUAACAGCCUUUUAAACAAUGAUAUGGUGUAAUGUUGAUGGAUCUUAUCUGCAGCUACAGUAAUUGUAUCUGCUUUGUAUUGUAUAAAACAUUUUUUUAAACUAUAAAUUGUGAGGGUAAUAGAACUGGAAGGGAUGAUGGAUGAUCAGGGAAGCAGAUCUGAUGUCAUUGAGAUCUGAGGAAUCAUUGAUGGUCUGAUGAUCCUAUAAACAGAGGAGGGAGCCAGUCAGAGUAGAAAGACAGUCAGGGUCCGUAUCCUCAGCAGUGCACCAUGCUGUCCCCUCAUGUCCUCCGUGCUCUGGGCUGGUGAUGCUUAGCUGGCUAGCCACUCCUCUCCACUAACUCUAUGUAGUUCCCACUUGGGUGAUGCUAUUAUGCUGCCACACAGUCGCUAGAAUAAUAAUAUUAACAGUCAGAGUAGCUUAUCCACUAGUCCCAGCCAUCUCCUCAUGCAGUCCUCUCACUUCUUCUGCUUCUCUCCAAGCCAGUGUUGUGGCAUUCUAAUCCAUUCACAUCCAAACAGUCUCCAAGCUAGCUUGUUAGUUAGCAAUUGAGCCAAAACUGGCAAAUUCUAACUUUAAAAUCAUUAUUGAUGACUUAAUUAUGGAUUCUAAAUUACCAAUAAAAAAACAGAAAGCUGAUAGAAAAAUGGCAAUACAAAAAAACUUAAAGGCCCAGUGCAGUCAAAAAUGUGAUUUCCUGUGUUGUGUAUAUACACUGAGUAUACCAGACAUUAGGAACUACUAUCUAAUAUUCAGAUUUCCCCUUCCCACUCAGACCACUCCCAGACAUUCAUAGCAUCAUUCUUGUUUGACAAAUUGCUCUAUGCUUAGAAACUAUUUUUGUUUAUUUUUUUACCACAAUCACAGUAAGAUUCUUACUUGUUACCCAGAAAUUAUAUGAUAUUGAGAUAAAAUUGGCUGCAUUGGACCUUUAAAAACCACUAAAUAUGAUUAAAUGAAUAAUACAUUUAUGAAAACGAUCAUCCAUGGCUUCCAUAGUGGCACCAUCAUGGCUCUUUUUUAUUUAUUGUUUAUGUUGUCAAUGUCUGAAAUGUAUUAUCUUUGAUUCAUUAUUUCUGUCAUUCCAUGAUAAAAUAACAUAUUUCUUUAUGAAUUUUACACAAUAUUAUCAGUAUUAUACGUUUUGUUCUAUUCAACUGUACUUUUUGAAUAUCUUUGCAUUGCGCUUUUUUAAUAAACUUUAGUUUUUCAUCCACAA